AUGAUAAACCAGGAUAUAAGGAUACACCAGGAGAUAAAGAUAAACCAGGAUAUAAAGGAGAGGGGAAGACACAAGCAGGACAAGAAGGACAAGCAGGACAAGAAGGACAAGCAGGAUAAGAAGGACAAGCAGGACAAGCAGGACAAGCAGGACAAGCAGGACAAGCAGGACAAGCAGGAUAAACAGGACAAGCAGGACAAGCAGGAAAAGCAGGACAAGCAGGACAAGCAGGAUAAACAGGACAAGCAGGACAAGCAGGAAAAGCAGGACAAACAGGACAAACAGGACAAGCAGGACAAGCAGGACAAACAGGACAAACAGGACAAACAGGACAAACAGGACAAGCAGGACAAGCAGGACAAUCAGGUCAAGUAG